AUGCCACGCAGCCCCACAUCCAGUGAGGACGAGAUGGCCCAGAGCUUCUCCGACUAUUCCAUGGGCUCAGAGUCAGACAGCUCCAAAGAAGAGACCAUCUAUGACACAAUUCGGGCCACCACAGAGAAGCCAGGCGGCGUGAAGAUGGAGGAGAGCCAGGGCAACACCCUUGUGAUUCGAGUCCUCAUCCAGGAUCUGCAGCAGACGAAGUGCAUUCGAUUUAACCCGGACGCCACCGUGUGGGUGGCCAAGCAGCGGAUCCUGUGCACCCUGAACCAAGGCCUGAAGGACGUACUCAACUAUGGGCUCUUCCAGCCAGCCAGCAACGGGCGGGACGGCAAGUUCCUGGACGAGGAGCGGUUGCUGCGGGAAUACCCACAGCCCACGGGUCCGGGUGUGCCUUCCCUGGAGUUUCGCUAUAAGAAGCGUGUGUACAAGCAGACCAACCUGGAUGAGAAGCAGCUGGCCAGGCUCCACACAAAGACCACUCUGAAGAAGUUUAUGGACCACACUCAGCAUCGCUCAGUGGAGAAGCUGGUCAAGCUGCUGGACAGAGGCCUGGAUCCCAAUUUCCAUGACCUGGAGACUGGAGAGACGCCCCUGACCCUGGCUGCCCAGCUCAGUGACUCUAUGGAGGUCAUCAAAGCUCUCAGAAAUGGGGGUGCACAUCUGGACUUCCGUGCCAGGGAUGGCAUGACCGCCCUUCACAAGGCUGCCCGGACGAGGAACCAGGUUGCCCUGAAGACCCUGCUGGAGCUGGGCGCCUCCCCGGAUUACAAGGACAGCUAUGGGCUCACGCCGCUGUAUCACACAGCCAUUGUGGGGGGUGACCCUUACUGCUGUGAGCUCCUUCUCCAUGAGCAUGCCUCCGUGUGCUGCAAGGACGAGAAUGGCUGGCACGAGAUCCACCAGGCUUGCAGGUACGGCCAUGUCCAACAUCUAGAACAUCUGCUCUUCUAUGGCGCGGACAUGAGCGCACAGAACGCCUCGGGGAACACAGCCCUGCAUAUCUGUGCUCUCUACAAUCAGGACAGCUGUGCCAGAGUGCUGCUGUUUCGGGGUGGAAACAAGGAAUUGAAAAACUACAACAGCCAGACGCCAUUUCAGGUGGCAAUCAUAGCGGGAAACUUUGAACUCGCAGAGUACAUCAAGAACCACAAGGAAACAGACAUUGUGCCCUUCCGAGAGGCCCCAGCUUAUUCCAACCGCAGGCGGCGGCCCCCCAAUACAUUGGCUGCCCCCAGAGUUCUUCUGCGUUCCAAUAGUGACAACAACCUCCAUGCUGGUGCACCUGAAUGGGCUGUCUGCUCUGCAGCCACCUCCCACCGAAGCCUCUCACCCCAGCUGCUGCAGCAGACACCCAACAAGCCUGAUGGAGCCACGAAGAGCCUUGGAAGCUAUGCCCCUGGGCCCCGCAGCCGCUCCCCCUCACUCAACAGGCUCGGUGGCACUGGCGAGGAUGGCAAGAGGCCACAGCCACAUUGGCAUGUGGGGUCGCCCUUCACUCCUGGUGCCAACAAGGACUCCCUCUCCACCUUUGAGUACCCAGGGCCCAGGAGGAAGCUGUACAGUGCGGUGCCCGGGAGACUCUUCGUCGCCAUCAAGCCAUACCAACCCCAAGUCGACGGCGAGAUCCCCCUUCACCGAGGCGACAGAGUCAAAGUUCUGAGCAUCGGCGAGGGCGGCUUCUGGGAAGGCAGCGCCCGUGGCCAUAUCGGGUGGUUCCCGGCUGAGUGUGUGGAAGAGGUGCAGUGCAGACCCCGGGACAGCCAGGCAGAGACCCGUGCGGACCGCAGCAAGAAGCUCUUCCGGCAUUACACAGUAGGCUCCUAUGACAGCUUCGAUGCCGCCAGUGACUGCAUUAUUGAGGAUAAGACGGUGGUCCUGCAGAAGAAGGAUAACGAAGGCUUUGGAUUUGUGCUCCGAGGGGCAAAAGCUGAUACCCCCAUUGAGGAGUUCACACCUACACCGGCAUUCCCAGCCCUGCAGUACCUGGAGUCCGUGGAUGAAGGUGGGGUGGCAUGGCAAGCCGGACUAAGGACCGGGGACUUCUUGAUUGAGGUUAACAAUGAAAAUGUCGUCAAGGUGGGCCACCGGCAGGUGGUGAACAUGAUCCGCCAGGGAGGAAAUCACCUCGUCCUUAAGGUCGUCACAGUGACCAGGAAUCUAGACCCUGAUGAUACUGCCAGAAAGAAAGCUCCCCCACCUCCAAAGAGGGCUCCAACUACAGCCCUUACCCUGCGUUCCAAGUCCAUGACGGCGGAGCUGGAGGAACUCGACAAACCUGAAGAGAUAGUCCCAGCCUCCAAGCCCUCCAGGACUGCAGAGAACGUAGCCAUAGAACCGAGGGUGGCGACCAUCAAGCAGCGGCCCACCAGCCGGUGCUUCCCAGCAGCCUCCGAUAUGAAUUCCGUGUACGAGCGCCAAGGGAUUGCUGUAAUGACGCCCACGGUCCCUGGGAGCCCGAAAGGUCCAUUUCUGGGCCUCCCUCGAGGUACGAUGCGAAGGCAGAAAUCGAUAGGUAAGAAGCGUGACCCCCACCCGAAGACGUUGCCCCUAAGCUUUCAAAUGCAGCCCUCAGCUCCUCAGGAGGCCUGGGCUUCUGAGUCCUGGCCCCAUGGUUGCCUUGGCGCCUAG